GUAAAUAAUUUUGGUCACAGGCUGUAUUGAAUUCUAACGAAAAAGCUUAGCGAUAUGGAUGUGAACUAGAACAAUUCUUGUUUUAGGUUGAAUCAGAAUAAUUCUAUAUACGCUAUCACAAGAAUUAAGCAGCGCAUUUCAAAUUUCAUAUUUCGAAGAGAGUUUACCCAAGGUUAGUGCUGUGUCAAGUUCAAAAUAUAGAGGUAAGUGGUCUGGUCAACAGUACUGUAGCUGUAGGCUGCUUUUCCUUCCCAAAGCCUGAUCCAAAUGUACUCCGCUCUUUUCGUCGGUACAGCAAAACACCUCCCUCCGUCCCUGCUACUGCACCUUCCUUGCAAAGCCAAACCAUGGCCGGACCAUCUCUCCCGACGCCACCGCCGGUGGAGGAGCCACAGACGGGGGCUGCAAAGUCGGGGACGACGGUCGAUGCCCUCACCGUGGACACCCUCCGCAACAUUCUCCGUCGCCUCGCCCUCGCCGACCUUCUCCGUGCCGCCCUCGUCUGCCACCACUGGCGCCGCGUCGCCGCACGCUGCCUCCCCCGCACCGCUCCUCUCCUCGGCUACUUCUUCCACCCCACCGCCACCGGUUCGCCGCCGCCCAUGCCCAAGCCGUCCAAGGAAAUUGACACCCCCGCCGUCUUCGCUCCCUUGGACGCCUCCUCCCCGAACCUCUCCCUCGACUUCGCUCCGGGGGCCUCCCGCUACGUGCUCCACGACUGCCACCAAGGCCUCCUGCUUCUCGAACCGUUCGCGUCGCUCCCCAAGGGGACCAUCCCGCGCUUCCUCGUCCUCGACCCGGCCACCCGCCGCCGCGUGCUCCUCCCGCCGCCACCGCGCGACACGGUACCCGACGACCACCGCUGGCGCCGCUCCAGGUACUACGUCGGCUCCGCACUUCUCUCCCGCGCGCACCCAAGCAAGCUCUGCUUCGAGGUCGUCUGCUUCGCCAUCGACGGCGGGCACCCGCGCGCCUGGGUCGCGUCCGUCGACGACGGCCGAUGCAGCUGGCGCGCCCACCCGCGGACCAUGGAGCUAGAGGUCGAUUUCGACCCCUGGUUAUUCGAGUCGCGCUGCGUGCACGCCGCCGGAAAGAUCUACUGGCACAUCUGCAACUCCUACCGCAUGCUCGUGCUGGACCCUGCGACACUGCACUUGUCCUACCUGCUGGCGCCAGCUGUACUGUCAGACCAUUUCUGCACGUACCGCGUCGGGGAGACGCCGGAGGACGGCCGGCUCUGCCUCCUGGCCGUGGGGAGUCGUUCGAGGCAGCUGCAGCUCUGGGUCCGCGGGGAGGCCAGAGGGAGCGACAAUGGGUGGUUUCUGGAGAGGGAGAUGCUCAACAUGCGUGUGGUGUGGGACGCAGUGCCAGGCCUACCCAAUGACCUUGCCCACAGGAUCUUCAGUGUUUGGCCCAGCGACAUGGACGCGGGGCGUACCGGGAAGGUGUUCAUCAGAACCAUAGGAUAUGGGCGCUACUCCUUACAUCUGGACACCGCCAAGAUCGAGCGCCUGCACACCAAACAUGGCAAGGAGUACGGCCACCCGAUCUACGCCUACUUCCUCGCGUGGCCGCCUGCCUUCCUCGCUCCAGAAUACUGACGACUUUCUGGUGAUUGGUUCCUGACUUCUGAGAUGCGGAAUCAGCACAGUUUUUGUUUGAAGUCAGCUGGAAUCCUAUCACCUCUGGGCUCACUAAUGCCAUGUGCACCUUCACUCUCAACGCAAGAGGAAGAAGCUCCCAUUACCUUAUUUAUUGGACUAUCUAAGCAAUGUCGCCAGCUCCUAUAUUUGUAUUUUAUCUAAGCAUCAUUUGGACUUGAUAUUCUCAAGACUUAGUUAUCUAAGCAUCAUUUGGACCUGAUAUUCUCAAGACUGUUUUAUCUAAGCAUGCCAGUAAUAUUUAUCGCACUUUUGACUCUUAA